AUGCGAGUUCCCGGCAAUAAGGUCGAGGACAGGGCGGCCGAGGCAAUCAAGAAGAUCGGGUCCGUCCAGAUUCAGCAGGCCCUCAACCAGCCAAACCCCUGGCAGGCAUUGAAAGGAGUGGGGAACCAGGCUCAAAUUCAGAGCCGGGCCAGCACCAAGUUUGGGGCUGCCAAGCCACGCCAGCGCAAGGAGCCAAAACCGCAGUCAGGCAAGGCUCCGCAGAUUCAGGAGGUUGACCCGAUGGGGGUCGUCAUCAAAGAGGGCAUCUUUGAGGAUGAGAACCAAGAGGUUGUGAAACAGAUCCAGCUCAGCGAGGUGGCAGUCAAUGCGAGGGGUCUGGAAUUCACCUGCAUUACAGAGGCGCUCCCAUUUCUCAAGGCGCAGAACUCCAUCAGCCCGGAUGCCUUGGGACUUUUGACCACACAGCCACUACCUGACGAGCUACGCGGCGGCCUCAACAUUACGGACGUUCAGUUUCCGGCCCUCUACAAGGACACCCAGGAAGCGAUUCUACUACGGGGCACGCUGAUCGACGUUGGUGAUCUACGCAUUGCCAAGAAGGCCAACCCAUCGGCCCCGGCCAUCGAGCUGGUCGACACGGUCAUUGUGAAGAUCAUCGGCUACAGAGAUGAGAUGGACGAUCAUUGGGAGCGUGUGUUAGCCUCACCGGCUAAAACACUAAUGGACAAGCUGGACGCACUCCACCUCUGCAAGACCCCUUUGUGCAAAGGCCACUGCCGAGCAUAUCAUGCCGCGGUCGAGGAGGACAUCAAUCAGGUUGUCCAAGACGUGUGGGGACGCUCCUUUCAGAAAAUGGCGGGAGGCAAGACGGACCACAGUCAGGCAGAAAUGGUUCAGAUCUUUGCACGGAUACCUCGCCUUGCUCUUCGGCAACUCAACCAGGAAUCAGGCAGAACCGGCGUUUACAUCGAGCCGAGGGCCGAAAGCACUCUGGGACCUUGCCCUGGCUUUGCGGUGGUCUGGCUCCCGGGGAAGACGCUGGCGGAGGCCCAACACAUCAUGGCCACCCAUGAAAAAGCUCUCGGAAUAGCACGGCUGGGACAGAAGUGGGGAAUUCGGGUCAAGACGGAGGACGAGGCGAUGCUCUUCGGUGCGCUCAGGCCGGGUCAGAUCUUCAUGCAGUUGAAGCUCAACGCCAUCUACAAGGUCUACCCGCUUCCGUACGGGAUGCAGAGGGCUGGAGUUGUGGCUUUGAUGAAGCAGUGGGGAUGGGCAGCCAAGCCCCUUCAGCCAGCCCGUGGCAGUGCGGCAGGUGGAGCCUGGGAAGUGGGAGCAGAAAAAGAUCCGCCCUCAUUCGCCAUGCAAGGACCCCAAGGGGAGGUGCUGAUCCAGUUGGUGAAGUCGCUGAACCGCAAGACGGAUGGGCACCCGGCUCCGGUGAUCCCUCAACGAACACGCCAAUACCUGCAAUCCGACAAGCAGGGAGUCAAACCCAAGCACGGCGGCAGCAACACACAGGACCCGUGGCAGCAGGGCACCGACCCCUGGUCAACGUGGUUCCACGACCACUGCAAGGGCUCCUCGCGAGAUACCACAACAGGCAACGCAACCACUCAGAAACUGCAGCAGCUUGAGCACCAGCUCAAAGAGGAUGUGAAGCGCACGGUACAUUCCGAGAUCUCCUCGCUUCACGGAGGGGCCAUGGAAACGGAAGACCCGCGUCUGGGACAACUGGAGGUGGCGGUUCAGGAGCUGCGACACCAGAACACCAAGUUCGAGGGCUGGUUCACGCAGGUCCAUGCCCUUUGCGCCACGGUUGACUCACAGCAGAAGGACAUCCAGGCCAUCCGCCAGGAAGUACAGGACCAGCCCAAUCAGAUUCAGACGGCGAUGCAGACGGCGUUGCAGACGAUGGGAUCCCAGUUCAGUAUGCAGUUUCAACAGCUGCAGGAGGCCAUUGUGGAUCUCAAGGGCACCGGGCAUGCGGACAAGAAGCAGCGGGCUGAGUGA